AGCGAGUGCGGUGGAGCGCGGCGACGCGACGUCUUGGCGUCUCGUCGCUGCUUGUCGCUCCGCUCGCGAUUACUCCACUCUGACUCUGGUCUACUCGCGGCGCGCAGCUUGUCGUGUCGUGAAUGCCGCUUGCGUCAGUCUACUUUGAGAAGUCGUGUGGUAUUCAUCAUGUGCAGUGUUGUUCACGCCUACGCUUAUGAAACGUCAACGAUACGCAACAUUUGAGUCCGUUUCCUCGUCGCGUUCACCUGACGUUCUUCGACGUCAGACUUCACUAUCACUGAUCACCGGACUGAGCACCUGAACGUUGCAGCGCAGCGUCUCAUUGCAUUUCGUAAUCAACGGUCGUAAUAAACGCAACAUGGAUCGAUCGUCCAAGUUAAUUCUACGGAAGCUCAUCAUAGACUUCCUCUGUCUAUUUGUCGUGGGCAUUUCCGUACUGAUGUUCUUCCUAUUCGGCAAACCUUAUAAACGCGGUUUUUUUUGCAACGAUGAGUCACUCUAUCAUCCGUAUCACGAGUCUACGGUUACGAGCACGAUGUUGUACGUCAUCGGUCUUUUACUUCCUAUAUGUACGAUGAUCAUGGGGGAAUACCUGCACGGGAGGAAUUUCUCCGGACACACGACGAAUAUGCUUUUCGGAUACACCAUACCUCCAUGGCUGUGGAAUGCUUAUAAGAAAGUUGGUGUGUUCGGUUUCGGUGCCGCUUGUACCGUUUUAACCACCGAUAUUGCUAAAUAUACUAUAGGUCGACUACGGCCACACUUUAUGGAACUCUGCGUACCCAAUAUUGACUGCAACUUGCCCGAGUAUCAACACAAAUAUAUCGUGGAUUUCCACUGUACCGCAGCGGUCUCGAAUAAGCUCCUAAAGGAAGUCAGAUUAUCGUUUCCCUCCGGUCACUCGUCCUUCUCGGCCUAUACCAUGAUCUAUCUUGCGAUGUAUCUGCAAUUAAGAAUGAAAUGGGAGGGCAGUAAGCUGCUUAGACACUUCCUUCAACUUCUAUGUUUACUCAUGGCUUGGUUUACCGCGAUGACACGAAUUUCCAAUUAUAAACAUCAUUGGAGUGACGUACUCGCUGGAUCUACCCUUGGCAUUGUCAGCGCUUUAGUGGUGGCACAUUGCGUAGCAGAUCUUUUCAAAGAGGAAAGAGAAAAAUGCUGUUCCAUAGAGAAACAUCGAACUACCGAUUACGAAGCGGAGACUGGUAUCACCGGCAUACAGUUGUCCUCGGGAAACUAAAAAGAUCCGUGGAUUUCUCACGAAGCAUCAGAUGAGAUUAGAUCUCUUUCCGGACAUGUCUACAGCAUAGCCUUCUCCAGCCGAAUGCUUUUGGCGCUCGAUGAGUUUAAAUUCUUUAAGAAAUACUUUUUUAAUUUCAAGAUAGUAAAUUAUCUUACUAUUUUGGAUUAUUUUUCAACUACUGCGCGCGCGCAUCUUGGCUCUAUUUUUUUCUCAUUAUUAUACAAAUUAUUUGAGCCUCGUCGGUGCUGCACACUAUAUAGAUCAUGAGAAAGAGAAGAAGGAAGAAAUAGAGUGCAAUGUGUAAUUAAAGCUUGCGAAUAUUUUUUGUCUUUCGUUGAGCUUUGUGUGAUCUAUUAUGCGAAUGUGUGUGAUGUGAAACGUACUUUCGUUGCAGCGAGGAGCGAUAAUUUUGCGAUCCUUUACUUUGUUAUGCCUUUAUCUCUUAGCUUUUAGUAGCGCUCGAAUAGAUGUACGUAUGUUUCUAGAAGCCUAUGUUAUGUGACGUCUUUCGUGAUUGAUUAGCGAAAGAUCAAAGUGUCUCGCAAAAAAUCAAUUUUUAUUGAAUGGAAAUGAAGAGGAAUACGUUAUUUUUAUAACUACAAGUAUUUACAGCGUUUUAGAUAAUAACAAGAUGUAUUUAUUUUGUUUAUUGCGAAAUAUUUAUUUUUAAUUGACAGA